AUGACAGAUAUAAGAAUUGUCGUAGUAGGCGAUGAUCAUGUAGGAAAAUCAAGUUUAAUUACAUCACUUGUUAAGGUUUUUGUGCAAAAACAAAUUUUGGCUGACUUGAUACACGUUGUACCACCUGUUAGUGUUCCAGAUAUGUACAGCAAUAUGAACACAAUUAUUGUUGAUACGUCUUCUGAUCCUGCAGAUCGUCCAAUGCUUAUUAAAGAGCUACGCAAAGCUAAUGUAAUUUGCUUGGUUUACGCCGACAGCUAUAGUGGAGAGCGUGUUUCUUUAUUUUGGCUUCCAUUUUUUAGAUCUCUUGGUGUUAAUCUGCCUGUUGUACUUUGUGCCAAUAAAUGUGAUAAUUUAGAAGCAGAUGGAUCACUAAUUAUUGAGGAGGAAAUGCUUCCAAUUAUGAAAGAAUUCAAGCAAGUCUUUUUGUAUUUAUAUAAUAAUUGUUUUAGAUCAAGUGGAAAGGCUCACCGUAAUGUAAAUGAGGUGUUUUAUUUGUGUCAACGAGCUGUUACACAUCCUAUAGCUCCUCUUUUUAAUGCAAAGGAACAGGAGCUGAAACCGGCUGCAGUAGUUGCUUUGAAGAGGAUAUUUUUUUUAUCCGAUAAAGAUCAUAACGGUAUAUUAAAUGAUGUAGAAUUAGAUUUAUUACAAAGAAGAUGUUUUGAAAAACCAAUGGCGCCUUCCGAUUUUGAUGAUAUUAAAUUUUCUGUUUCAAAAUUAUCUCUUGAUGCAGUAAGGGAUAAUGGUUUAACUGAAAUUGGGUUUUUGUUAUUGAACAAAAUAUUUGCUGUUAAAGGAAGACAUGAGACAACCUGGCAAAUUUUAAGGUCUUUUAAAUAUACGGAUAGCUUAAGUUUAAAAGAUGAUUUUCUUAAUCCUAAAUUUGAAGUAGGAUCUAACCAAAGUGUGGAGCUUAGUCCUUUAGGAUAUCGUUUUUUGGUCGAUUAUUUUUCAUUAAUGGAUAAAGAUAAUGAUGGCGCAUUAAAUUCAGACGAAUUAUGUGCUUUAUUUGCGCCUACACCUGGAUUACCAAAGUUGUGGCUUCUUUCAUCAUUUCCAGAGUCUACAGUUCGAAAUGAGAUGGGUUAUGUUACUUAUAAUGGAUGGCUUGCACAGUGGAGCAUGACAACACUUUUGGAUUAUUCAACAACACUUGCUUAUCUUGCAUAUUUAGGUUUCGAAUCAAUUGGAAAAGAAGGGACAAUGGAUGCAUUAUAUAUAACAAAAGCACGUAAAAGAGGGAAAAAAUCAGUUAAGGUAGAUAGAAAUGUAUUUUUAUGUUAUGUUGUUGGCAAAAGGAAAUCAGGAAAAAGUUGCUUGCUAGAUUCUUUUAUAAAUAUCCCAUACAAUCCGAAAUAUACUCCUACAAAAAACCAUAGAACAGUUGUAAAUAGCGUUGAAAUCCAAAGUAUUCAACGAUAUCUUGUGCUUGAGGAAUUAACGGAUAAUGAACAUGCUGUUUUAAGUAAUCCAAAAAAAUUAGAUGCUUGUGAUGUAUUAUGUUUGACUUAUGAUUCAUCUGAUCCUGAAAGCUUUGGUUAUUUGUUAAAACUACAGGAAAAAUACCCUGAAAUAAAUUCUAUUCCGUGUGUUUAUGCUGCUACGAAGGCUGAUCUUGAUCGUCAACAGCAGAGAUGUGAUAUUCAACCAGAUCAAUAUACGCAAAUCCAAUGUCUUCGUUCUCCUAUUCAUGUUAGUAUACCAUGGAUGUCAACAUCUGAUUUAUUUGUUCAAUUAGUCGAAGCUGCACAGACUCCAUAUUUUGCUAUACCUAGGAAAAAAAACAAAGAAAAAGAACCUUUGAAUAUACCUUUUUUGCUAGCAACAAGUGCAUUUGGAGCUCUUGUUAUUUCUGUUGGUGCACAUUUGUUUUUUAGAAAACCUUAA